AUGUCUUUUAGAAAAAGAAACGAUGUGUUGAGCGCUACUGGUAAUACACCAUCAGAUGCCAGGCAGAGAGAACGAGUAAGGAUGCCUAAUGCAACUCCACUUUAUGGUCGUGGUAGCACAACAUCCUCUCGUAUUCCUCAAAACACAACCAGCUUGCCAAAAAUAAUCCCAAAUAAAAGCAAUGCUACCGCUUCGCAAUCAAUUACGAGAGGUAUGGGUGAUUUGAGCCUAAAUAAUCCCUCAAAACAGUUAAGGCACCCUGGUGUUAAGCCAUCUACCGUGAUAACUUCUCAACAAAUUACUUCAACGGGCUGUCUCAGUCUAGAUAAAUAUUUACUACAUGGCGGUAUUCCCCUUGGCCAUUCUUUAUUAAUCGAAGAGGGUGCUGUUGAUAGUACUGACUUUAAUAGUGUUUUGACCAGAUUAUUUUCCAGUCAAAGUAUUCAGUAUAAUAAGAUUCAACCCAAAUCUACACAUUUGAUUGUUAUUACCCCAAAUUUGCAUUAUUCUGCUGAUUUGCCUGGGCUUUACAAAAGUAGCAGUAAAAGGGAAAUCAAAAAAACCAAAGUUGUCGAAAAUGAGUCAAAACUAACAGUUCAAAAUUUGUUGGAUCAAAAAAUUAGCAGGCAGCAAAAAGAACAGGUCAAAAUACCAGCAAUACAAGAGAAGCAGGAAAAUCAAAGAAAUUUAAAAAUUGCUUGGAGGUAUGGUUUGACAUCGGAUAGUAAUAAUAGGACUAAUACUCAACAUUCAAGCGAUAAUGGGCAGCAAAGCACAUUCAAGGAUCCAACGGCUUAUUGCCAAUUAUUCGAUAUCACUUCUAGAAUGGUUCCUCCGCCCACCAGAGAAGAUAUCACUGUUAUAUCACCUAUAGAAAAAGAUGCUGACACAUGUGUACAAAAAGUCCGGGACGCUAUAAGUAGGCAUAAAGGUAACUUAAUUAGAAUUGUAUUACCAUCAUUUUUGAACCCAGUUGUAUAUCCACCACAUUUUUACUCCUUACCUAAUAUAACUAAAUUGUUAUAUGGUUUACAUAUGAUCUUAAAGGAACAUUCAUCUAAUGCAGUAUUGCUUGCUAGCCUUUCGACCAUUCUCUUCAAUGAAAAUUCAUUGGUUAUGAAUUUGUCUCGCCAAAUUUUUAGUUCAGUUGUAAUAUUGGAACCUUUUCCUCAACAAAUGUUGGAUUAUUUGGAAAAAUGUUACAAGGCACAAGGGCAACCGAACAAAGUUCAACAUGGGUUAUUCCAUGUUUUAAAAUUACCUAUAUUUAGUGAUGAAAGAAGUGAAAUGCUUAUUAGAACAGCAGAAUUGUGCUUUAGAAAUAAUAAAAAAGGAUUAGACAUUGAAGAAUGGAGUAUACCUAUUGAUGAAGGUGAAACUGAACAAAAAAUAAGUAAGCCUGUUGACAUUAGUGAUGUUGAUGGUAGCACACAUCAACAUAAAAUUAAACAAACACUGGAGUUUUAA